UUUCAUCUUCCGCUUAUCAUUUUUCUUCAACCACAGCCCUAUAAAAAGCCCAUUAUAAUUAAGCAUUAGCAUUACAGCUGAUACUACAAUACGAAAAAGAAAAAUUUGUGCGUUUGAAGAGUGGAAACAACAAGCUUUUCAAAUAGGUUUAGACUGCUAGAAUGGUGACUUCAGUGGCUUCCAGAGUAGAGAGCUUGGCAAGCAGUGGGAUUCAGUCAAUCCCAAAAGAGUAUAUUAGACCUCAGGAAGAGCUGACAAGCAUAGGUAAUGUAUUUGAAGAAGAGAAAAAAGAGGAAGGGCCUCAGGUUCCGACCAUUGAUUUAAAGGAGAUCGACUCCGAGGACGUCGAGGUACGCGAGAGAUGUCGCCAGGAGUUGAAGAAAGCUGCCAUGGAGUGGGGUGUGAUGCACCUUGUUAACCAUGGAAUCUCGGACGAACUCAUGGAUCGUGUCAAGAAAGCUGGACAGAAGUUUUUUGAACUUCCUGUUGAGGAGAAAGAGAAGUAUGCAAACGACCAGGGUUCAGGGAAGAUUCAGGGGUAUGGCAGCAAGCUUGCUAACAAUGCUAGUGGACAGCUUGAAUGGGAGGACUACUUCUUCCAUCUUGUAUAUCCUGAGGAGAAGAGAGACUUGUCGAUCUGGCCUAAAACACCCAGCGACUACAUUGACGUUACAAGUGAGUACGCAAGGCAACUCCGAGGCCUGGCAACCAAAAUUCUGUCGGCACUAUCACUUUGCUUGGGAUUGGAAGAAGGAAGGCUAGAGAAGGAAGUUGGUGGCCUGGAAGAGCUUCUCCUUCAAAUGAAAAUCAAUUACUAUCCCAAAUGUCCUCAACCAGAACUCGCUCUCGGUGUGGAAGCUCACACAGAUGUAAGUGCACUCACUUUCAUUCUCCACAACAUGGUUCCUGGCCUGCAACUCUUCUACGAAGGCAAGUGGAUCACCGCAAAAUGUGUUCCAAACUCCAUCAUCAUGCACAUUGGCGACACCAUCGAGAUCCUCAGCAAUGGUAAGUACAAGAGCAUUCUUCACAGGGGUCUUGUUAACAAGGAGAAGGUAAGGAUCUCAUGGGCAGUUUUCUGUGAGCCGCCAAAGGAGAAGAUAAUUCUGAAGCCACUGCUAGAGACAGUGUCCGAGACAGAGCCUCCAUUGUUCCCUCCUCGCACCUUUGCUCAGCAUAUCCAGCACAAGCUGUUCAGGAAGACCCAGGAUACUCUGUCUAACUGAGACCAGUCUUUAUUUACAUAAAAUAUAUCUUUUUAUAUCUUCAAUAUUGUCGUGAUAAGCUGUUUAUGGGUCUGAACUCUGAUGAUGCUAUAUUUUCUUGGGUUAAAGCCAUGGUUGUGGUAGGGUGUUGCCAGUGUGGUCUCUUUCACUCUAUGGUUACUCUUUACCUGCUUUAGAAUAAUUAGUGAGACGUGAUUUGCUUCCUUGUAUUAAUGGUCUUUGUUUACAUUUUCUUCCUCAAUAUAUAUCUUGUUAUUAAACAGUGCUUAGAAAAACUUUUUCCCCUCCACACUUCUUUUCUUAGUCUUAGUUUUGAACAUAUUA